GCAAAAGAAAGCCUUUGGCAAACGCAUCAGGAUCAGAAUGUCCUCCUAUGCUCUCUCUUCGACCUGCUUUGGGAAGUCUUGGGAGCUGAGAAGGUCCUGCGUCGAGAUGUCGAGGAGGAAGAGGGACCCGAGAUUCCAAUGAUGCGCCGGCUCCCGUUCCCCAUGGCGAUCAGCACUGCCUUUGAGAUGUUGCAGGGAAAGAUGAGCCUGAAAGACUAUGGCAAGGCGGCCAAGACCUGGGCCUUCCUGUACUCCCUCUUCACCUGCUCCACGGGCGCUCGUCUUAGUCGAGCCAAGGAAACACAGCUGUCGCAUCAGCACACCUACUCGAUGUUGCUGCUCCACCUCAUGCCGGGAAGCCGACACCACGGCGUGUUGGCCUCGCUGCUUCACAUCCUGGCACAGAACCCCGCCAUCUGCGAGGCUAUGCCACUGCUGACAAAGCCCAAGAAA